UUGGCCGCAAAAUUCAGGAAAACAAAUUCCCUAAAAAAUCGCCCCUCAAAGAACAGUUUCAGAUUAUUUUCUUCUUUGCUGGAAAAUGGAGUCUAAAACCCUAACGAUCAUCAAAGCUCGAAAACAGCUGGUCUUCAUGUUCAACUCUCUCCGGGGGAUGAUACAACCAGUUAAAGCAUUCCAGUUCUUCUUGGUUCUGUCUUGUACCCUUUUUUGCUUAAUUACAUGUGAACCAUGUGCUGUGAAUGGGAUGCCAAAAAGGGACGAAUAUGAGGGAUGUGAGUACUAUGGAGAUGCUCACCAUGUUGGUUUUCAAGAAACUAUAAUUGACUCUACACAUUCGCAGACUGACAUGGGAACUUCUACAACUCGUUUAAGUGUUGAGAGGGUAUGCAGUGAUUCUCAUUCGUUCUGUUUCCCUUCUACAUUGCCUGGGUUUUUGACCGAAGAGAGUACACUUGAAGUAGGUGGUUUAGAAGUUUCUAGGAGUCAGUCUGAUAGUGCUUCAUCUUUUGCAGAACAAAGUAACCUUAGGGUGCAGGCAAGUAACAGAAGUUGGUUAUCUGACCAUAGUAUGUUUAAAUUAUUAAAUGGCCGGACAGUUUCGUGUUCUGUAUAUUCAAGAGCUGGCAUCCAUGAGUUUUCAUCAAUUAAUACUGGUGGUGCUAAUCAAAAUGAUAUUUCUUGUAAAGGACCUUUACUAAGUCAGAAGAGUACGAGUGUUAGGAUGAAAAAUAACAAAGAGGUGACCAAAUUAAGUUCUUUUGAUGGUUUAUCUUCACCUAAUGUAGAGAUAAAUCCUCCUAUAAUGGAUUGGGGACACAAAUAUUUAUUUUUACCAUCAGUGGCUUAUUUGACAGUAGCAAAUACAUGCAAUGACAGCAUUUUGCACAUUCAUGAACCAUUCAGUACCAAUAUACAGUUCUAUCCCUGCAAUUUUAGUGAGGUUUUGCUUGGACCUGGUGAAGUAGCUUCAAUAUGUUUUGUCUUUUUACCUAGAUGGGUGGGCUUGUCAUCAGCUCACCUUAUCUUGCAGACAAGCUCUGGUGGUUUCCUGGUUCAAGCUAGGGGGUUUGCUGUUGAGUCCCCAUAUGAGAUUCAGCCAUUAGUAAACCUGGAUAUUCCUUCUAGUAGGCAGUUGAGUAAGAAUUUGUCUUUGUUCAAUCCUUUCGAUGAAACCCUCUAUGUGGAAGAAAUAACUUCAUGGAUAUCAGUUUCUCUUGGGAACUCUGCCCAUCAUACUGAAGCAGUUUGUAGUGUAGAAAACUUCAAGGGCUAUAAUGGGCAAAGCUUACUCGGUGCUGAGGAUUGGUUGGUCAUGAACAGUGAUAAAUAUGGUUUUCCAAUUAUGGCUAUGAGGCCGAGCAGGACGUGGGAGAUUAAUCCUCUAAGCCGUGAGACCAUUGUAGAGAUUGAUUUAUCUCCUGAAUCAGAAGGAAAAGUUUUUGGUGCUUUUUGCAUGCAGUUGCAGAGGUCUUCACAAGACUCGUCUGAUAUAAUUAUGGUUCCUCUUGAAGUUGAAUUGGGUAGCAAAGCAUCCUAUAUUGACCAUGCAAGUUCUCUUUCAGUUUCUCUUGAUGGUCUGGUGCCAAAUGAUGGCAGUGGAACUGUUUUUGUGGCCAUCUCUUUGAAAAAUUCUGCUCCUUAUGUGCUGAGUAUUGUCAAGAUUGAUGAAGUUGCAGAUGCUAAGGUUUUCCAUAUCAAGUAUGUGAAAGGGUUGCUGCUCUACCCUGGUGCUGUUACCCGGGUUGCUGUGAUUGCUUGCACUAAACUAUCAAGUGAGGUUCAUGAUUCUUCUUUUGAAGUAUCCAACAUGAUCAACAGUUGUAAAUUGCUGUUAAUGACAAAUGAAUCUAUUAGCCCUCAGAUUGAAGUUUCUUGUGAGGAAAUAAUCCAUGUUUGUGUGGAACAUCAGGAAAAUUUGUCCAUGGCUUAUGAACAUCAGUCUGAAAUUGUUAAAUCUGGCAACACAAGCACAGGAACCUUGAGGGCUGGCAUGCAACUGGCAUCAGGGGCCAAGGUGUUACAGACAGCUGAAGUGGAUGAAUUGAUACUUGGAAACUGGAAAUCUCAAGGUGCUUCAGGUGGCAUGUCAGUGCUUGAUGAUCAAGAGGUUCUGUUUCCAAUGGUUCAAGUUGGAAGUCACUGCUCCAAGUGGAUCACUGUGAAAAAUCCUAGCAUGCAGCCUGUUGUAAUGCAACUCAUUCUUAACUCAGGAGAAAUUAUUGAUGAAUGUAUGAGCCAAGAUAUUUUUGUGAAGCCCCCUUCUGGUAACUUGGUUCACAAUUCAUCUACUAUUCCUAUGAGAGCUGGGUUCUCCUUAGGAGAGAGUGCACAGACAGAGGCCUAUAUUCAUCCUAAUGGUAGAGCAUCUUUUGGGCCGAUAUUAUUUCACCCUUCGAAUCGUUGUGGGUGGACAAGUUCAGCACUGAUAAGGAACAACCUUUCUGGUGUUGAGUGGUUAUCUUUGAGGGGAUAUGGAGGGUCUAUUUCUCUAGUCCUGUUCGAGGGUUCAGAACCCAUCCAGGGUGUAGAAUUUAUCCUUAACUUGCCAACUUCCCUAAAUAUCUCUCCUCUACAAAUGCUUUUUCACAUGGAAGAGACUAGUUAUGCAUGUUCUCAGCCGUUUUCAAAAGAGCUUUAUGCCAAGAAUACUGGAGACUUGCCACUUGAGAUAAAAAGCAUUGAAGUUUCAGGGAGGAAGUGUGUAGGUUAUGGUUUUAUGGUGCAUAGUUGUGAAGGUUUCUCUCUAGAACCUGGAGAGUCAACAAAGCUUCUGAUAUCAUACCAGCCAGAUUUUUCAGCAGGUAUGGUACAUAGGGAUCUUGAACUGGCUUUGGCUACAGGCAUUUUUGUCAUACCCAUGAAGGCAACUCUCCCUCUGCAUAUGCUUAAUCUUUGUAAGAAAUCAGCGUUCUGGAUGCGGCUAAAGAAACUCUCUAUCGCAAUUCUUCUUUCGGCUUCUUUAUUGUUUCUCUUAUUCUGUUUCGUUUUUCACCAAGCAAUGAUCUUGGGUUCUCAAGAUUGCUUUUACAAGAGUGAGAAGAACCCGAUCAGUACAACCCGGACUGGAGGAAAAUGUUCUCGUGAUCAGAGAAAUGGUAGGUUCUCUAUGUCAGCUGAAGUUGACAGUUUGUUAAGUUCAGUUGAGGGUGCUAAAUCUUUGAAGGAGGCAUCUAAUGGUAGAUUCCCAAAUGAUCAUGUUAGGAAUAAGGAAGAGAGGUUUACUAAUCAAAAUGCAAAACUAACUCCUGAGAAUGACAGGGAAGUUAACAGUUUCUUAGAUCCUCAGAGGGAAAUUUCAUUGCCAUCUUUGCCCUCAAAAUCUGCGGGGGCUGUAAAUCCUGAUACAAAGGAAGCACCACAAACUGGUAACCUUACUGUCCGGAUUGGGAAAGAGAAAGGAAGAAGGCGAAGGAAAAGGAAAGGUGGGUUUAAAGAAUUGAUUGAAGUUUCAAGUAGUCAAAGUGGAAAUUCUACACCUUCAUCCCCUCACUCCCCCACAUCUGUAACAUCCAAUCGCACAUGGCCACUCUCCCCCGAUGUGGAGCAACCCAUUGAAUCUAGAAAUCCUUUUACACAUUUGGCUAACCAAAUCCGCGAGAAAGGUAAAGUUCCUCAACCUAUUUCAAAAGCAAAUAUGUUGGGACCUAAGGUUUCUGUGGAACAUGUCAGCAACAACUGGUAUUCUUCACAAGAGCAGCCUAGAAUACCAAGGCAAAAUGUUUCACAACCUGUUCUCUCGUACUCUGCUACUUUUCCUUGUGCUAGUAGGGCGACCACCAGUACACGGAGCUCCUCUUCUCCUUUGGCUUCAAUGUCUGUUAUUGCUCCUUGUGCUCGAGCUCCAGGGUCCAAACUCUCUGACCAGAAAAUCAUAAAAGCAGAAAGGAAGGGUAGAAUGGGAGAUGAAUAUACUUACGACAUUUGGGGUGACCAUUUUUCUGGACUCCAUUUGAAUGGUAGUUCAAGGGAUGUUGUUGCAAUGAAUUCCAGCCCUACAGAAAAUAACUCCGAUAGUUUCUUUGUAAGGGGUCCACAAACCCUCAUGGAAAAAUCUCAACCAAGAUCUGUAAGUUCUUUCAGUCGAGAUGGGUAAUGAUAAAUUAUUAGAUUAUUAGAUAA